UCGUUUUUAAAGCGUUAACGUUGUGCUGAAGUAAUCUCACCCAAUCCGGGAGACUCAUAAGUAAAAAAAAUCGUUAGAAUAAUCAACUCUCUCAGACACAUUGGUACAUUCAUAAAGAUGCAUUGCUGAAAGUUUUAUAUCGAACGUUUCUGUCAUUUUUCAUCAAGGUGUUAAAAGAUAUCAAAAGGGAGGGAAAAUAAUAAUAAGCAAUGAAUUUAACAUUGUGAAACAGAGCCGCGUGAAUCAUUUAAUAUAAAUUAUUUUUUAAAAUGUGUUUAUAUAUAUAAAAUAUAGUGAAAAGAAAAAUAUAAAAUAAUAAGAACAUUUUUUAGCGUGGUGAUAUCUUGUCAUUUGUUUUCUUUCUUUUUGAAAUGGGUACGGCGGGUCGCGAUUUUGAGCGCGAUCGGGAGGACGAGAUCCACUGCCGAAUUUGUGCUAGUGACAUACCAAGAAACGAUGGGGUUCACAUUUUCGCAGAAGAUGGUAGACGGCACUACUUGCAAACCAAAAUACGAAAAUAUCUGUAUAUCUUGGUAUCUUCUGAAGAUAAAUUAUCAAAGAUGGUAUGUGUUACUUGUAUUAAAAGAUUAGAGAGCAUUCAUCGUUUUGCUAUGAUGGCAUAUAGAACACAGGAGAAGUUAAAAAUACAAUUAUAUAAUAAUAUUGAUAAUACAAAUACACAAGAUAUGGAAAGAGAAAGUAUUAAAGAUAUGCAAAACACAACAAGAAGGAUAGAGGAUCGAGGAUUAUUACAUACAAUAUUAACUAAAGGAGCAAUAGAAAUUUUAGCUGAAGGUGAACCAUUGGGACCAUCAGAAUUCAUAACACAAGAUGAUAUAUGUCAUACUCCAAAUAUGGAGGAAAUGGAAGUCAAAGUAGAUCCAAUGUUAUUUUUACAAUAUGGUAUGGAACAUUCAUCAUCAGAAACUUCAGAAGCAUCUGAUACAGAAGAAAUAAUAACAAGAAUGAAUAUUCCAGAACCAUUAUCAUUAACAAAUAAAACUGAUGAAAUAAAAAAAGAAAAAGAAGAAGAGAAUAAUGAUAAAUCACAAGAAGAUACUGAAGAACACAUUUCAGAUGUAACAAAACCUCAUGAAUGUACAAUAUGUGCUCGAUCUUUUAUAUCUCAAAUUGGUCUACAAAAUCAUUUAUGGUCUCAUUUGCCUAAAGAUAAACGACUUGAUGGAAAGCCUAUUUUAAGAUCACAAGUAUAUUCUACUAAUGGUGUGCUUCAUACGAAUACUGACAACAAUUCAUCUGGUAAUUUUGUUUGUCCAAUUUGUAGUAAAAAAAUUUCUACUAAGGGUAAUUUAAAAGUACAUUUGGAAACUCAUCGGCCUAAGGGAAAAUAUGGUUGUGACAUAUGUGGUAGAAUUUUUAAAACACAGUCAAAUUUAUUCAGACACAAAGAGUAUCAUGGUGGAAUACAAUUUCCAUGUAAUGUAUGUGGAAGAGUUUAUCCAACAAAUUCUACAUUAAGAGCUCAUAGUAUAACACAUUCGGAUUUAAGGCCGCACGCCUGCCCUCUUUGUGAUAAAACUUUUAAAAGAAAUCAAGAUUUAAAAUUUCACAUAAAUCAACAUACAGGUGCAAGGCCUUAUCAAUGUCCAUACUGUCCAAAAGCUUUUGCAAGUUCUGGAAAUUGUUUCUCACAUCGUAAAAGAAUGCAUCCUCGAGAAGUACAUCGAGACAGACAAAGAGCAGCAGAUUUAAUGAGAUGAACCAUGGGUAAUCAAUAUGAAGAAUGGUUUUAGAAAAAUAUAAUAAUUUAAUUAUUUAAUAUAUAUAAUAUAUAUAUAUAUAAUAUAUAUAAUAUAUAUAUAUAAUAUAUAUAAUAUAAUAAUUAAUUUAAUAAUUUAAAAAUAUAAUAAUAUUCACAUAUUAGCUAUUAUAAUAAAAAAAAAUUUUAAUUUUGAAUAUUAAUGGUGCUAAUGCAAGAAGCAACGGAAAUUUUCUAUACUUUAAUUGAAUCAUUUGAACUUAGUAUUAGAUACUUAUUGUUAUUAACAAACACUUAG